CCUACCACCUAGUUGCUCUUUCUGCUUCACUCAGUUAUAUUUUGUAGUGCGUCGAGAAAGUUCGUGUUAAAAACUCCAUGAAAUCACCCCAGUAAACAAAAGUUAGCAAAGAACGUGUGGGACAUUUUGUUAUACAAAAUGUGUGAUACAACGAAUGCCUCGACGCAGAGCAUAGCGGACUAUUUAGCACAGUUACUCAAAGAUAGGAAACAACUAGCAGCCUUUCCCAAUGUGUUUAUUCACGUCGAGCGUCUCUUGGACGAAGAAAUAGCGAAGGUUCGUGCUAGUCUGUUUCAAAUAAAUGGAGUCAAGAAAGAACCUCUCAUAUUGCCAGAAGCUGAUGGUCCCGUUACGACGCUCACAGAAAAAGUAUAUGUGCCAGUCAAAGAACAUCCAGAUUUUAAUUUCGUGGGAAGGAUUCUGGGCCCCCGUGGAAUGACAGCUAAACAGUUAGAACAAGAAACAGGCUGCAAAAUAAUGGUCAGAGGGAAGGGCUCAAUGAGAGACAAAAAGAAGGAGGAUCAAAACAGAGGAAAACCCAAUUGGGAACACCUUUCAGACGAUCUUCACGUUCUUUUAACGGUAGAAGAUACCGAAAAUAGAGCACAAAUCAAGUUGCAAAGGGCAGUAGAAGAAGUUAAAAAAUUACUCGUCCCACAAGCCGACGGAGAGGACGAAUUGAAAAAAAGACAGUUGAUGGAGCUUGCCAUAAUAAACGGAACGUAUCGUGACUCUAGUUCUAAGGCAGUUUCAGCGACAGCUUGCGAUGAUGAAUGGCGGCGUGUGGCGGCGGCGGCGGCCGAAACGCAACGAUUGCUCUCGCCGGCGAUCCCCGGCUUAGCCACACCCCUUCGAACUCCCGCCACCCCACUUGGUGCUCCUCUUAUACUUUCACCCCGUAUGUCAGUACCAACAACGGCAGCAUCCAUUCUUAAUGGUUCUGCCCCUCCAGGUUCCCUCUUGUCCCCUGGGGAUCCUCACGGCCUCAUAUACACACCCUAUGCGGACUACACGAAUUACGCCGCCUUGGCAGCGUCUCCCCUACUAACGGAAUACGCAACGGCCGAUCAUUCUGGUGGGUUAUUCGCUCGCUGAUGUGCGAAUUUUUAGAUAUUGUCUAGUACUUAGAUUGUAAUUGUCAUUGUCUGUUAAGGGAUUAUUAUUCAUAUUAUUAUUAUUAAGGAAUGCCAUCAAACUGGUUCGGAAAAUAACGCCUAAAUUUUUUUUUUGAUUGCGUUUUUCUGAAUCAGAGCAUUUUUUGAGUUCGAUGGCUCGUUUUAGUCACAAUUUAUUUUAAUUACAAUGUUUCUGUGAUACUUGCCGCGACAGCCGGUUGUUACAUGUACUCAAAGUACGUAAGUAACAUUGAAAAUUAUUUAAUUUUUUUGUAUUGCAAGUCAUAGCAUCUAAGAUUUAUUUUUUAUUUUAUUAUUGAGACUAUGUACGUCAAACGUACUCAUCUGGUCAAGCAAACAAUAGUCAAAUGUUUUUUAUAUAAGUUAUUUACAGUAAAAACAUUAACUUAAAAGUAAACACAGAUCGUUAUAAUACAAUUUUAUGUACAUAUUUUUUAAUUUUAUACAAAUAUUUUAAAAAUGAUUUAUAGUGUAGUGUGUAUGGUAAAAGCAUUUAUUACGUUACCUUAAGAUAAUUUCAUUUAAAUGUACAUAAAACUACGUUUGAUAUUAUUUUCAAUCCUUGACAAAAAUAUUUAAAAACGAAUCAACUUAAUGAAUGAACAAUUUUAUUUAUUUAUUUCUGUUACAAUAUUGUAACAACAAAACUCGUUCAGUGCUUUAAUUGUUUUUAGUAGCUACAAAGUAGUAUUUAGUAUUUUUUAUAUUUAUGUUAGAGAAUGACUGCAUCAAAAUUACAGCUGCAUCUAUAAUUUUUCGUUGAAGCAUUUAAUCGGAAUUUUGUUGUGUUCAUGAAAAAAUCUCCGCAAGUCGGUUAUAGAUGUUGUCUGAUUUGGUGUUAGCAUCGAUUCCGUCACCUUUCAGGAGACUGCUUUAAUUUCAUGUACUUUAAAUGCUGAUUUGUAUAGGUGCAGCGGCAGUAGCUGCGAAACAGCGCAGGCAUUUGGGGCAAAUAAGGGAGCAUCCUUACCAAAGAGCUGGUGCUCUGUCAUAAACCUAAAAGGUUAGUUACGUUUUGUUUUCUAUUUCUUUCAGAUGUUUGCCAGUCAUGUGUGUCUCAGUGUGGAGUUAUGAUGUAUCUAUUGUAGUAUUCACCUCGUCAGCUUAUUGUUUUUAUUUUAUUCGAUGAUUAUCGUCAGUAUUGAGUGAAUUUCAUGCGGGUUGUGACACUACAUACGUACAGGUUCAGUUUGCAAAUUUGGGGAAGAAGGUCUUUUAGGUUACCACUUUGUCGUACCUCAGUGAAAGAACUAGUCGAAAAUUUCAAACCUUCUUCCCAGUGUCAAAAAUCGUAGCUUUUUUCAGUUAUUUUUCAUUUACGUAUGUCUUAUUGUUGUACGCGAAGCUGGUGGCUUCGUGCUCCAUGAAUAUAUUUAAGUAGUUUUAUACAUAUACGUUUAUAUAGUAUAUUAUAUUUUUUGUAUGUUUAUGUUGUUGACUUGCGCCAAUGUGGAACAAAAUAUAUUUAUAUAAAAAUC